CUCGCGAGAGAAAAUGAAAUUCCAGCAGCAAAUCUGCGAGCUCGCGACGCGACCUCCCUCCAUUGGGAAAGCUCGAGCGCGACUGAGGGGAGAGAAAACAGACCCUCGUUAGCCUGGGAAAGCUUCGAAACGACGCGUUCAUCGCAGCUCACGGAGCCGUAAGGUUCGAGCUAAGACAUGCCCGGUACCGGCGGAGGAUAUCGCGUCAGGUUCGCCGAGCUUUGGGAUUUUAAAUUUUUAACGCUCCGCUAAACGAGCAGGGGGAGAGGCUUCAUUAGCGAGCUAACUGACGCUAGCAGCGAAGUGCGUGAAAACUUCGAGCCUAACAGACAAUUUGCCAUUGGGAUUGAAAACCAGGAUACCUCACCAGCGGGUUUUUUCCUUCUUCUAUCGCUUCCUAGAAAGUCUAGCUUCAUUUGACCGGAGGAACACGUGAAGUAAUCGCUUUGUUUACCGCUUGCACAAUUCCAGCAUUGAUUCGCGCAGAAAUGAGAUUAGAGAGUCGCUUUGUGAGGCCAGGCCAUGAACUCAAGCACAUCAGCCAAAACACUGAGCAGGCCUGUUAACUAGAGAUCUGCUUAUAUAAACUACUCUCACUCUGACUCAUUAGUCCGGCCGCUGCAGAGGAGAUUCGAGGAGGAAAGCUGCUGAUACCGGUCAUGUUUUGCAUGACGACCGUGUCAAGAAUCGGAUGAAAGAGCGUCGGGAUAAGUUACGUUAAUUGCUGUCUGUUUUCUUCUCGUUGCUGGGAUUUGAUACGCGCACAAAUAGACGAAUAAGAUGUCUAGCGCCAAGGAAAACACGUGUAGGAAAUUUCAAGCGAACAUUUUCAACAAAAGCAAAUGUCAGAACUGCUUCAAGCCCCGAGAGCUGCAUCUGCUGACGGACCAGGAUCUCAAUCAGGCCAAGCCGAUCUACGGAGGAUGGCUGUGUUUGGCUCCAGAGGGGACGGACUUUGACAAUCCCAUGCAGAGAUCCCGGAAAUGGCAGCGGCGAUUCUUUGUUCUUUAUGAACACGGCUGCUUGCGCUUCGCUCUGGAUGAAUCGCCAAGCACACUACCGCAAGGGACGGUCAACAUGAACCUGUGCAGCGAUGUGGUCGACGCCGAGGCCAGGACCGGUCAGAAGAACGCUCUGUGCAUCAUCACCCCGGAGCAGGAGUACUAUAUACGAGGAGACAACAAGGAGAUCAUCAAUGGGUGGAGUGAACAGCUAGUGGUUUAUCCAAGAACCAACAAGCAAAAUCAAAAGAAGAAACGCAAAGUGGAACCAGCAACCUCACAGGAACCAGGCCCAGCAAAGGUAGCGGUGACCGGCUCGGGCAUCCCAGAAGCAGAGAAGACUCCAGACUCCAGUUCUAUCAUAUGGCAGGAGGAGCUGCAAAGCAGAGAGGCGGAAGUGUCCCAGACGUGGUCCUCCAGCGAGAUGCAGCCCCUCGGCUCACCACUGCCCUCUGCAGGUGAGGGGUCGAUGGUGAGCCGGAGCUCGGAUCAGAGCUCAGUGAAUGGUGACGAGGUGGACCGAAGCGGGCUCUCCUUCCACUCGGCUGUUUCCCAGCCCUCUCAUGACCCCCUGUCGCCCACGGGCAGCUCGUCCAGCCGGCACAGUGUAGAGAUGGGGGGCGUCCCGCGCUGCCUGUCCCCUGCGCCCAGCGACCCCUUCCCCUCAGGCAGCAGCCUGCUGUCCAACGGCUCCCACAUCAGCGGCUCCAUGAGCUCUCUGGACUCGGAUGCCAGCGGCAGCACCGACAGCCACCCGGCCGAUCCGCUCGGACGCGUGCACCGCGCUCUGUCCCGCCGCGGAGACGCAGAGCACCGCAAGCCUGAGAAACGGAGCCGUCUGCGCAGCCUGGAGAGACAGGAGUCUGUGUUCAGCCCCGAGAGAAGUGGGCGCUCGAAUGUGAUCGAGAAGCUGGAGGCGUUGGAGCUGGAGCACGCUGAGAGAAUGGAGGUGGAGGAGAGAUGCAGUGGAGUCCGGCAGGGCCGCAGUGAAAUGAGACGAUUCCAGCGGGAGGAGCAGAAGAUGGACCCGGCGCAGGGCUUAGACUUCCAUCCCUGCACCCUGCCGCCUCUGAGACGAGCCAAAUCACUGGACCGCAGGACCACCGAGUCCGUCAUGACCGUAAGAUCUGUCUCUCUGUUUUUCUCUCCAGCACACAUGCUGGACAUCUGUGUGUUAGGAGAGCAGUCCUUAUCCCAGUGGUUUGUUGUGUGCGUGUGUGUUGCUCUGUACCAGCACUCUAACCCACAAUGCUCUGUUGUGUUUGCUCCUCAGCAAGCUGUGAAGUAUAAAAACAGAUGCUCUGAAACUGGGCAGUGGAAGAAGUAUUGGUUUGUGCUGACAGAUCACAGUCUACGAUACUACAAGGAUUCGAUUGCUGAAGAGGCGUCUGAUCUGGAUGGAGAGAUUGACCUCAGCACCUGCUAUAAUGUCACAGAAUAUCAAGCUCAGCGGAACUAUGGCUUCCGGAUUCAUACUCAAGAAGCAGUGCACACGCUCUCUGCCAUGACUGCAGGAAUACGCCGCAACUGGAUCCAAGCGGUUAUGAAGAACGUCCGGCCGUCCACUGCUCCAGAUGUUGCUAGCCUGACAGAUGAACACACGUCUGAGAGUCUCUCCCGGCCUGACGUCACGCAGGACUCCCUGUCCUCCGAAGCCUCGUCAGAGCGGGAAGGAGGAUUAAAGAAGAGCCGAGCGAGGGAACGGAGGCGGGAAGGACGCUCCAAAACGUUUGACUGGGCCGAGUUUCGUCCCAUCGCCCAGGCUCUGGCGCAGCAGAGAGCACACGAGGCCGACACCUUCCAGGCCGAGCUGGCCGAGAGAAACAAGAGGAGGGAGGAGAGACGGAGGAGGUACGAGAGCGUCACCGGCUCCUCCUUCGAUCCUGCUGCUGACAUCACAAAGAUGGAGUUUGAGAGUGGGGGCGUGGUCCAGCUAGAUGCUCCGCCCCCAUCAGAGGAGCGGCAGCAGAGAGUGGAGGACGAGAUCGAGCAGCGCUGGCAGCAGGUGGAGAAGACACCCAUCAGGGAGGAGAGGAGGGUGCCUUUACCCUCCACCCAGAACAGAGACGCCUCCGAGCUGGAGAAACUCCUCGAGAGCUACAGGAAAGGGGUCGAGGAGCUGAAAGCUCAGCUGGAGAGCUGCCACCAGCAGUUAAUGGACUCCAAUCAGCACAAGCUGGAGCUGCAGGGUCAGCUGAAGAACGCUCUCGAGCGCGAACAGCAGAUCCGUGCCGGUUACAUUUCACCGCUGGAGUCCCCUUUGAGUCUUGAGACAGAGCCCCAGGUGAAGAGGACUGAACUGGUUAGUUCUCAAGCUCAGAGCUUAACAAAGAAGUACCAGGAAACCAAAGAGCUCCUGCAGCUGCAAGAACUGAAAAAGCGCAACAUGCAGGCACAGCUUGGCCUUUCUCUCUCACACUGGCCCGCAAAGGAACCUUACCUUUCUGACACCAAAACACCCUCCACCCCAGAGGUCUGUCCCUCAAACUCCAUUCAGAAAACCGUCAGCUUUGUGCUUCGGGAUAGCGAGGGAAAGAUUAGAGAGCUCGAGAGCUUGAUAGAUGCCAGUGAGCCUCUGACGUUAGGAGAGCUGAUAAAGCUCAUGCACUCACAUAGUGAAUACCUUCGGGUAGAAAGUCCUCAAGGACAGGAAAGCAGUGGGUCAGUACGCGAAAUUACGCAGAAGCUGUUGGAAAGCCUCAAGAACCAACAGGAGAUUGAGAAUGAGAACAUGAGGAGAAGCUUGGAAAAGGCUGGAGACUCUAUCCGGGACUAUGAAGCUCGUUUGGUCACCAUGGAGCACAUGCUGGGAAGAGUCCAUAGACAGAGAAUGGAGAGUCCGUGUGUGUUAAGUUGCUCGAGAGAAGAGCAUCCCGAUCUGUCUCAGCAGGUGGAGCUGCUGGCGAACGAAAACGUAGCUUUGAACCAGCGCUUUCAGGAAAUUGUGAACCAGCUGAGAGAAGCGGAUCGAGAAAUAGACCGGCUGAAUGUUGAGCUUCGUCAACUGUGUAGCAGUCAGCAAUAUCCACGGGUGCAAGAAGAGAAAAACGUGUACGAGCGAGAACUCCACGAAAAGUCACAGAAGCUACAGGAGGCUCUUGUUAAAUUGGAAACUCUUGGAAAUAGUUUGAAAGAUACGGAGAAAAGAUUGCAACUUAAAGAAGCUACGCUUAGGGGUCUUGGAUUUCAGGUGGCAGAAAGCGACACUGAUGAUAAAGAGUUAGAUGUGGACGUCCUUCGAGCUAAGCUUUCCGAGAAGGACAAGCAGCUUCACAAUGCUGAGCAAGUCUGUAGAGAACUUCAGGCGCAGAAUGCAAAGCAUGAAGAGACCGCGAAGAGGUGUAGUCGGAUGCUUGUAGAGGCUCAGGAGGAAAUCAGGACGUUGAAGGAGAAGGCAGGAACUCGAGGUGAGCCAGGAACAGAUAGUGAGUGCCAAGAGUUGAUGCAGAAACUCACGAAUGAAAGCGUAGUUGAGGAAGUCGCGGAAGAGUUCAAGAGCAAGUCUAAGUCUCUGAAUCAUCUGCUUGACUUGUUGGUAACUGGCAGUAAGAUGGAUUUGUCCAGCACCAAUAUUUCGGAUGAGGAUCAGGGAGGAAUGAUGAAGGAGAUGUUUGAGAGAAGGAUUCUGCAUGAGGUUUUAGCUGGUUUAGAGGACGCUCAGAAAGGCUCCGAGGCUGAAGCGGUAAGAAAAGCUGUAGAGCGUAUGAUGGUGGAUAAUAAAAUGCUGCUGCUUAUGAAUAAGCUCUCCAACCUCCGAGAACUUCAAAGUGACUCAAAACCCGGAGAUGGAAAUGCACAGAUGAUGAAAUCGAAUGUUAUGAAUCGGUUGCUCAGUGAUCCCUGCGUCCUGGAGACUCUCGCUGGAGUCAUUCAGAAGAAAGUGACGUUAUUGAAUCGAACCGCUUCGGCUCUUAGGGAACGAACUCAUGAGGAGCUCCGGUCGUUGGCUUUGACUCUGUCAAGCUGUGGCUCUCAAAGAAGCUGGUCCGAGUACGUUCGUGAGGCCAUAAUGGAGAUAACAUCAAUGUACUGUGUAGUUCUGCAGAACUCGCCAAGGACGGAACCGUUAGACCGGUCUGCAUGUCCAAACUGUGCUGAUUUGAGAGCACAGCUCGAGUCUGAGAAGCAGGUCGAGUCGAGCGUCAGGGGAGAUUUAAUGGCAGUAACCCACCCGAGCGACUCUCUGGACGAGGCCAUACAGCUUCAGGACCCGAUGGCCAGGCAUCAGAAGGAGCUGCGCGAAUUAAAGGAGGCGUACGAGCAAGAAGCGGACAAGCUUAGACAUGAAGUGGCCACGGCUGGAGAGACUCUGAGACUGAGAUCCGAGGAGAACGUGAAAGAGAUCGACUCUCUGACGCUGUGCAUUGCGAUCCCAAGAACAUCGUGUCGACAGGUGUCCGCGACAUCACUGAGGGAAAUGAACCUGGCGACGAUCGCGACGUGUGAACGAGGCUUCGUCGCCAUGGAAGAGUCUCACCAGAAAGCGAUCGACGAGCUGCAGAGAAAGCACCAGCGGGAACUGGAGAAACUGCAGGAGGAGAAGGAGCGCCUGCUGGCGGAGGAGACCGCAGCCACCAUCUCUGCUAUUGAAGCAAUGAAGAAUGCACAUCGGACGGAGCUUGAGCGGGAACUGGAGAAAACACGCAAGGCCAACAGCAACACAGAAAACGCAGACAUAGAGGAAAUCCACAAACAGCACGAGGAAGAGCUGGUGUCAUACCAGAGGGAGAUCGAGGUGUUGUCGGAGCAGUACUCACAGAAGUGUUUAGAGAACGCUCAUCUGGCUCAGGCUCUGGAGGCCGAGAGACAGGCGCUCAGACAGUGCCAGCGGGAGAACCAGGAAAAAAAUAAAGCACAUAACAGUGAGCUAAACAAUCGUCUGGCAGCUGAGAUCACUAAGAUGCGAUCGAUGACGAGCGAGGACGGCGGAGACGCUGGCGGGGUCAUACAGGGGAAGGAGCUGUAUGAGCUGGAGGUAAUGCUGAGGGUGAAGGAGUCAGAAGUGCAGUAUCUGAAGCAGGAGAUCAACUCUUUAAAAGACGAGCUCCAGACUGCCCAAAGAGAUAAAAAAUAUGCAACCGAUAAAUAUAAGGACAUCUACACGGAGCUGAGCAUCGUACGGGCCAAAGCAGAGCGCGAUCUGAGGCGACUGCGCGAGCAGCUGCAGCAGGCCCAUGAUGCACUGGGGGAACCCGCGCUGGAGGACGCGGAGCGCAGCGGUUAUGAUAUCAUGAAGUCUAAGAGCAAUCCUGAUAUUUUAAAGAUGGCGGCCGCAGCAGCCAAACGCUCAGAACGCACCAUGAGGUCAAAGAGUCUGAAGGAAGGAUUGACAGCAGAACAGAGACUCCACUUGUUCGACAACAAGGACACUAAGGACUUCUGACACGGCCUCGCUGCAUGCUAAUAAAGAGCUGCGUAUUUUAGCCCAAUAAUUAAUCACUUAGAGACACACUGGUCACAGCUACAGCGCAUAUUAAACAUGGUAUGAAGUUUGAGUUUUGUCUAUAGUCUGCAUUUCAUGCACUUCAGUUACUGUGACGUUGUUGGUUUGUUUUCAUUGCCAUGUCUUAAUGUAAAUACUUUGUUUUUAACGAAGCAUCUAUCAUGCGUACACUAAACACGACUGUGUAAGCUACUGUUUGAACUCUUUAGUUUGUGUGAAUCGCCAGUGGAGGAAGUAAUCCACGUCACGACUCGACUCUACCGAUUAUCAUCCCGGCUUCAGGUUGGUGUGUGACGCUGGAAGUUUUCCUCCGGCUCUU